AUGCCUUCACCUCAAACCGACUCUGAACUUUCGCCCCGCGAGUCCCGCGUUAUCGGCGCGCUGCUGGGUGUCCAUGCCGGCGAUUCGCUGGGCGCAACGCUUGAGUUCAAAACUCAUACCGACAUCGCCCGUGAAUACCCUCUUGGUCUCCGUGACAUCGUGGGCGGAGGCCCGUUUCGAUGGUCGCAGGGCCAUGCGACAGACGAUACGGAUAUGACUCGUGGGGUACUGCUUGCAUAUCACGACUAUAAGGACGGCGACGACAUCGCGCAACUCGCUGGCGACUAUUUCAUCAGUUGGCUUCACGGCGACUGGCCAGACAGGCGUCCCGGAAGUCGGCCUGAGGAUAUUGGAGGGGCGACCGCUACUGGGCUUAGGCGCUACAAGCAGACUAAAGACCCCGACCGCGCCGGCGCUGGGCAAGGUAGUGCUGGGAAUGGAAGCCUGAUGCGCUGCAUCCCGACCGGCUUAUUCCAACGCGAUCCCCAGAAGUUGGUCGAGGAAAGCAUACGUAUCAGCAAGAUCACCCACGACGACAAGAGAUGCACAGUCGCAUGUGCAGCAUACAACACGAUUGUGUCGAAACUCAUCGACCAGGUUGACCCUCAGGAUGCCAUCGAGGCAGGUCUCAAUGUCGCAGAAACUCUUGAAGGAGGAUCUGGUCCAGUGUACAAGGCGAUUGAACUCGGCAAAUCACUCAAUAUAGCAACAAUGGCUUCAAUGGGACCUGCGCCUGAACUUGGAGGGAGAUGCAGUGGGUACGUCCUCGAGUCACUGAGUCUCGCGAUAGCAGCGGUCCUUGAUCCUCGCAGCUUAGAGGAUAUUGUCGUAGAUGUUGUUCGCAUUGGCUGGGAUACAGACACAAACGGGGCGAUCGCAGGAGGAAUACUGGGAGCUCGAGAUGGAGCAGGAGCUAUUCCUCCCCAUUGGAAAUCAGUCUUGCAAUUUGGGCAGUCAGAUAUUAUGGGUCGUAUGAAUGCCUUGACAGGUUACUGGCAGAUGUCGAAUGAUCUAUCCGAGGAUGAGUUGCUUGGCUGGUGCAAAGAAUACUUUGUCAACCGCAGACUAGCAACUGAGGUUCUGGCUAUCCGUGGUCAGCUACUUGGUCAUGUCCAACGCAAUUUCCUGACCAACAGCGUACUAUUGAGCAUGUCAGAGACAGAUGGGAAGUUCAGCGAAAACAUCCGCAAAAGCGUUCUUGCUGGGUUCUCCACCAAGACUGCAAUGUUCGAUUCAUCCGACGAUAAGUGCAAAACUGUGCGGUGGGUCAUAUGCCUCAAGAUACACUAUUCUGGUAUCCAAUACCUACAGUUGGUCACAGCUGUUGAGCCAGAGUGGCUUAUUGAGUAUUCAUUUUUCGACGAUGACCGACUCCCCAAGAAGUUUGGCGGAGAACUCAAGAACCCUGCCGUGAAAAGAGCUCUCGACGAACCCCGUUCAAAGAUCCAACUAUCAUCACAACGGGUCUAA